UUGAAGACCGUUCACCAGACGCAAAAGAAGUCGCUGACCGUCGGCGUCGAGGCAUACGCCGAAUGAUGGAAUAUUUCAGUAUUGAAUUACCGGUGGACUGAGCUGGACGGAAAGAAUCGCCGAACAAGCAAUGAAUAUGAGAAUUUCUACCUGGAUCUUAGCUGCGGCUGUGUUGCUGGCCGUUACAGCCGUUCUUGCUGCUCCAGCGAAAAAUGAAGACUCGGAUCUUAUCUACUAUGACAAUACGCGUGACGAAAGUGGGUACAGCUUCGCGUACAAAACUAAGGAUGGCCAGUUUCGCGAGGAGCAAGGAUACAUUGAUCCAGAGUCGGGCAUCCUAAGGGUGGUUGGAUUGUAUCGCUAUGAAGGACCUGACGGUAAGACGUACGAGUAUAAUUACGAGGCAGACGAGAAUGGAUAUCGCAUCGUGGAGAAGCCUCCGCCGGCUGGAGCCCCGAUUUCCAACACGGUGCUGCUAUCGCUCGUUGGUUGAAGUAGCUUUGCUACAAUGAGCAGUACGGUGGCAGCACAUGCUAAUACUUCGCGAACGAAGAAAUAAAAAUAUUGCUUCACAAAGA